AUGGAAGAGUACCAGCAGGUGCAGCACCAGCAGCAGCAUCAGGGUGGGCGCGGGAGCAACAAGAUCCGGGACAUCGUGCUGCUGCAGCAGCUGCUCAAGAAGUGGAAGAAGCUGGCCACUGUGAAGCCCUCGGCGGCGUCCGGCGGCAAGGGCGGCGGCGGCGGCGGCGGGAGAAGCAGCGUGCCGAGGGGCUCCUUCGCGGUGUACGUGGGCGAGGAGAUGCGGCGGUUCGUGAUCCCCACCGAGUACCUGGGCCACUGGGCGUUCGCGGAGCUGCUCCGGGAGGCCGAGGAGGAGUUCGGGUUCCGGAACGAGGGCGCGCUCCGGAUCCCCUGCGACGUCGAGUCCUUCGAGGGCAUCCUCCGUCUCGUGCAGCAGGGCGGCAGGAAGAAGGAGCCCGCCGCCAUGUGCGACUGCUCCUGCUCCUGCUCCUCCGACACCGAGAUCCUCUGCAGAUGA